AGCAUGGAGUCCACGCCGACACGCCCCACACCACCACCAGCCUUCGAGACGCCUUUAUCGUAUCGACCACCACCGGUCACGCCAACGAAGCACAAAGGGCUCUUUCACAGAACCAAAACAAUCUCGCCGCCGCCCUCGCCCGUCAUACAAGUAAGAAAAAGGGGCCCGCGCAUGUCCCGCACGCAAGAGAUUGGCUUCGCUCUUAGAGAGUUAUGGAAGACGCAUGAGGAUGUCUACCACGACUACGUCGGAGAUGAACGAAGGGUGCGAUAUUUGCUCGCUACUUGGCUCGGGCCGAAAUAUCAGAGACAGCUACGAAUAGGAAGGUUACAUGUCCGAUUGAUUGAGGCGGCGAACCUACCGGCAGCUGAUCUGGGUGGAACGUCGGACCCCUAUGUUGUGGCGACAUUAACAGGAUGGAAUAAGUAUGGCGACGAGUGGUCCAUGUACGGCUGGCGCGACGCGCAAACGUCACAGGUCAAGCCCAAGACUCUAUCACCUAGAUGGUAUGAAGAUAAGUACUUCGCCGUACCUCGCCACGACGCCUGGCUGCGCGUAGAAGUGUUUGACAAGGACAACCAGUCCACUGAUGACUUGUUAGGUAGUGUGGAGAUACAAUUGAAGGAUCUAAGUCAUGUCGGGGCGGUGAAGCGGUGGUUCCCCUUAUCAGUACCCGGUCACUCCGAGACGGCCGCAGCUAUCCACUUGUAUUUACAUUACGACGUCUCCGCAUUGGGCGAAGCUUUAUCAAUGGUCUGGGCCGAGCAGCCCAAAUCAACGAACAAAACUCCGUUUGACGCGAACCGCUUCUACGCGAACGCCAUUGAAUUGCAGAAGGAACUAGAACCCUAUUUGGCAUUUGCUUCAUCCCUAGAAAAAGUAUUAGCGUGGAAGAGCCCCUCCACAAAACGCUGGUUUUUACUCGCGUUAAUCGCGGCCUACUUCGCGGAGUACGUCUGGGAGUUGAUACAUCUCUCGAUUAUCUUAUUGUUGGUGAGGAAUUUGCAGAGAAAACGAUUCCGCGAACACAUACGCACAGAAGCCAAACACUGCUUCGCGAAGGUCGACAACGAUGGCGGCGGCACGUUGGAUCGGGCGGAGAUUGGUCUCGCGAUCGCGCAGCUCGCCAUGAAAAGAAAGACGACUCCGCCGCCCGAUGCUGAGGUCGACAAACUCUUUGCAAAAGCAGACGUCGAUAAAGGCGGGUCAUUGGACUUAAACGAGUUCGCGCAGCUCUGCCUGGACUCGCCGUCGCUCAUGGGGCUAGACGUUACGGAGGAAGAGGAGGAGGAGGUCGUCGGCUGUGUGGAAUCAACCAGUGCGUCGGGUGCUCUGACGCGACCGUGCUGGCUCCGUCCAGCGGUGAUGGACGUGCCGUAAAACUUUGAUCUUCACACAGGUCGUCGGCGACGCGGAAACGGAGAGACUACUGCGAGGCAGUCCCAAGAAGAAGGCCCUCGUGAAGCUGCCCUCGUUCCGUUCCAGCUCCAGUCAAGAAGAGGAAGAAGUAGCCCAUGACAAGAAGAAGGGCCCCUUUCAUGGGAUGACGAAGAAGGUCGUGAACCUGGCCGCCAAUAAAGCGGGGAAGGCACCGGCCAAAUUGAUGUUGAAAUUAGGCGCGACGGCGUCCGACGUGAGGAAAUUGCGCGAUUUAUUCAACUGGGAGGACGCGACCAAGACCCUGGGGUUCUUGCUCGUGAAUCUGGUAGCGGCGGUUUUACAUUUCUAUUUACCAAUACGGUACUUUGCGAUGCCCGUGGUCGUGGGCAUGUUCUUCGUGCUGUCGGAGAAGUCCAAGGCUAUCGAAAGAAUAGCGUCGCACGCCUUCUCUGCUAGAAAACGGUACGUGCAUCUCCGACGGCUGAAGAAGGGCUACGCCGAGCCUACUUCUCCAUUACUAAGGUUGCCGACGGCGCGGCCCGUGCCGCAGCACAAGAAAAGUCAUUUGCCAUCCUUUGGUAGAGGGCACAACCGGCAACUCGUCAAAAGCGUGGUGCGAGGCAUCUUCUCCCGGCUCGACGACGACGCGUCUGGCAGCGUCGACGGCCGCGAGCUCAUCAGCUUCGUGGAGGAGGCCUUGCCGCGGGCCACGCCUCGGGCCGUUGCUAAAUUAGGAGGCGACGCGGCGACGGCGAAGCUGGCCGUCGAACGGCUCGUGCAGAAGUUUGAUGUCAACGGGGACGGCCAGAUCGACCGCACGGAGUUUGAGAGCAUCGUGCAGAAGUCCGGUUGUGUCGACGUGCUGACGCAGGAUGAGUUGAGAAGGCAACUGACGGCCGAGGGCGGGCUCCAUUGUAGUAAGAGACCGUCGUACGAAGCCCACUUUCCCAUGACGGCGUCUCAUACCACUUCCUUGAAUGUGCAAGCGAGUAACAAGAAGGUCGACGGGUACCGUAUUCACAAAUUGGUCUGGACGACGGUCAAAGGCGAGACGAAGAGCGCGGACGACGUUAAAAGAGUAGUGGCCUCGAUGACCGCGCCGUCGGUAUUGCUGGUCCACCGCGCGUCGACGGCUCCCUUACAAUUCGACGUGGGAGUCUUCUUCCGGGACCCGUUGGUGGAUCUGCUGACGAUGCUCUGCACGGGGCGGCCGUUGGAAGCGGGCCAGGCGCUGGACCCGUCGCGGAUCGACGCCAUAUCCAUUAAAUCGCCGUCAUCAAGAGCGCUGCGCCUGGAGAACUCGGACGGAGAGAUUGGGGAGGACUUUUAAUUCAUAUGUACUAGUAGUACUACUAGUCUUACUGACAAUGUGCGGCAGGGACUCCUAUUUACAUGUAAUCCUCAUCAACAUUUUUGUCCAGAGCCGCAACCAGCGCACAGCGCACCGCCUCACGAUUCCGGUGAUCAACCCCAGCGAGAUGGGUGAGCAGUAAUUGAAACUCACUCCGGCUCACGUCGACCAAAUGAUCUGCUUGAUCAUGUAGCCCCAUAUACAGCUUGAUCCGAAACAAAUCACCGUUGCCAUUCGAAUCAUGAAACAGUUCAAACGACAAGGAAGGCUUAAAAUGAUAAGGCUUCAUGUUCGAAGACCACUGAUUAUACAGUCGACUUCGAGCCUCAUAAAGGUAAGGUUGCCAAUUAACACCAAAAUCUCCUAUGGGUUGCGCGAAACUAAAACACCCGAGGGCGAUCAUAACCGAAUCAGCCUCACGAACCGCGACGACGGAUAUCUUGAGGCUCUCCAUCAAGCUGUCGUCAUACUCAUCUCGAGUAGGAACGUGUGCCAGGUGGUUGACCAUGCCUUCCCAGGAGCGCAUUCUUGCAUCCAAGAGUCGAGACGGUAAUAAUACUAAGGACUCAUCCCCUAAAGAAGGGUUAGACACGCAGCACGACGGCAUGGCGCUUAGGUCGCCCUCCCAAAUUAACUCGUCGUCCUCUUCGAUUCGUAUGAAGUAAGUAAAGUCCGUAAACUUGUUAUUUCUCUGGUCUGGUUCCUCCGGGCGAGGCGGAUUUGGCGCAGAGCGCGAGAGGUCGGCCGCGAGCCGCCGGCGGAGCGCUUGCGACCGCACCCGCGAGAUGGCGUCCUGCUCCAAGACGUCGCGGGUGGUGCGCGGCGGGCACUGCACGGCCGCCAGCAGCCUCCAGGCAUUCGUUUCGCGCACCUCGGUGCGCAGGGCUUUGCUGCAGGAUAACCGGCCCAAGGACUCUGCAGUCAGGAAUUCAAUCAGCUCCGGGCGCAAGGGGAUCAUGGUUGCAAGCUAUCGAUGGAAGCCUUGUAUAUAUAGGCAGGGGCAGCCCUUUGUGCCGACCGGAGCGCGCAAUUGCGCAUGCAAAUCAAACGCGCACGGGUUUCGCGCGAUUUGUUAACUAAAUUUACCCGUCGCCAGCCGCCGCCUGGGCCUGGAACUUCCCGAGGAUGUGGUACUCCGUCCCGACGCCGAUGCGCGGCGUCCGCUUCACGACCAGGCCGCCCGUCGUCCCGAGCGUCAACGAAGCCCCGGCCGCCAGGCCCGGGAACGGCCCCGCGCCCCCAUCCCUCGAGCCGCCCAGAUACCGCUCAACCCGCUCGAGCCGCCGCAUCGCAGCGUUCUUCUCGUCCAGUGCCAGCACUUGCUUCCGCAGCCCAAAUAUUUUCGCGAGCGGGUUCGCCUUCACGGCCUCGUCCGCCAGCUCCGCAGAACGCGUUUCAGCUUCCUCAUACCGUUCCCUCGCUUCCUUCCGCGCCUCCGCGCCUCGCUCCAGCUCGAUUUCUUGCCAGACCGGCGCAGUGAAAAAGACCCUACCAGGAGGUAAGGUGACGUCGUUCCGCUUCGCCUCCUCGGGAAACUCGAGCCAGAACCGCAACAGCGCGGGCUUCUGCGGCGGCUUCGGCGGCUGGAUCGCCCAGGCCCCUCCUCUGACGGGCACCGUGACCUUCCCUCCAACGCCCACAAAGCUCGCCUCUCCCUGAGGUCUCACGCGAAAGCAGGUCUGCCCCACCAGCGCCUCGGGCUCGCCGGGGUACGGUUCACUGUCGAACUCUACCGUAAUAGGGAGUAGGAGUCGCGCGCCGCUCGCCGCCCACUCUUCCGGCAUCCACGUCCCGGUUUCUCUACCUAUCGAUAGACUAAGCUUCCAGGAGGCCUUCGUGAGCUUGUUCUUUUGCGCGAGCUUCGUGAGAUCCGGCGCGUCGUCGUCGAUCACCUCGAGCGCGCCCGCGUCGUCGGAAUAGUCGUCGUCGCUCAAGUUCGCGACGCACUCGUCGUCGUUCGGUGCGCACUCGACGUCCUCGACCUCGUCACUAUAGAUGCGCGUCGUCGACGGCCUCGGGCGCUGCGGCCGAGAUGUGCGGGUCGCUGGCCUCGGACGGUGCGAGAGCCGAGAUGUGCGGGUCGUCGACGGCUGCGGGAGUCCGGACCAUACCAAAGAUAGGGCUGGGAACAGUGCGGUGAGAAGGAGCCAAAGCACGGACUUCUGACAGCGAUGCAUUGUGUGGCGGAGGGCUGCGGUAAAGACCACAACUUCGCACAGCCCAGGAGCCCGAGAUGCAGCCGUAACUGCUCGUAAACCUAACUCGUGCAAAAACCGAGCUAGCGUCGUGUAAGACACUAGCAAGAAUCCGUGCUUGCUUUGACGAUCGAUUACUCCGUCGCAAGACGCCGCCGGCGCGCUCGCGCCAGCGCAAGAGACGACCGACACCCUGGAGAAGCUGUGAGCCGAAGGCCGUGACCGAAACGGUCGAGUAUACGCUACAAAAGCCUACCCAGCCUACGCAGCCAAAAAAAGCAGCCAUGCCCAAGCCCCCGAAGGCACCCAAGCCCAAGAAGGACCGCAAACUAAACGUCGACCUCCUCUGCAAGAUGGCCGGCAAAGAAACCGAGAGAAGAGUACCCCUACCGGACGGCACCAAAUUAGAAGCGAGAACCGCGAACCUAAGGCGGGCAAAAGUAGCCAUACUAUUAUGCCCGCCGCUGCCGCCGAACGGUAAUUGUUAUGCGCCCGAGGUCGGGUGCCUGCAGGCAGCGCUGGCGCUGGACGGCUACUGCACGGUGCGGUUUAAUUUUAGGGGAGUCGGCAAGAGCACGGGGUCGACGUACUUCCGGAGCCCGCAGCGCGAAUGUGAGGAUGUGAGGGAUAUCUGUCGGUGGCUCCACGCCUACCGCAAGCACCUCGGGGAGGAACCCCUGCAGUCGGUUUGGGUUGCUGGUGUGUCGUAUGGAUCAUGUAUAGGGUCCGCCGCGGCGGGGCUGUAUGACGAAUUUAGUGGGUAUGUAGCCGUGUCCUACCCGGCGUCGUACCUGUGGUACUGCUGCAACCUGCAGGGCGACACGUUUUUGCAAUAUGCGAGAACGCCGAAACCCAAACUCUUCCUGAGCGGCGACGUCGACGUGUUCGCUGGUAAGAAAGCUACGGACGAAGUCGUGAAGUCCAUGCCGGUGCCUGUGUAUCAUGUGGCCUGCCCGACGCUCGAUAGUACAUUAGGCCACUAUUUUCGACGGCAAGAAGAUUUGGAGGUGUUGCGGCGGGAGGCGCUCGCGUUCUUCCGGAAGCACGCGCCGACG